AUGAAUAAAGGUUAUGCUUUUCGUUCAAAUGAAGGACAUCCUGAAGCUUUAAUCAAUCCAAUGUACUCUCUUUUGAAAGAAAAAAGACAACGUCGUAAUGAUUUUCUAAUAUCAAUUGUCAAAACUUUUGAUUUUGACUUGAAAAACUCAGAUGAAUCAAAGGUAGAUGUAGGUUUUUGCAAAUUUGUUGCAGAGAAUUUAGCUACUAUAGAUUACAAGACUAUUGAGGAGGUUUUGCAUAUUAUAUAUUGUAUAAAUCGAGUUUUAUCUGUUGUUGGAAUAACUAUUCUCCAUUCAAUUGAAUACAACACAAAGAGUAAAGAUGAUGAUAUAAAAAUGUCAAAUUCUCUUCAAGAAGAACCAAAAACAGAAAUCCAAGAACAAGGUAUACCAACUAGGGAUAAAGUUUCAAUCUGUAUGGCAAUACUAAUGCAUUUAAAAGACCACUUAAAAAAGUCCUAUGCACUAAGUGAAAUGAAAUGUCAAAGUUUCAAUCCAACACAAAGUAAUUCGCAUAAAGACAAACCAGCAUUACGACACCAAAAUUCUCCCUUAGUCAUAUCUUGGGAAGGGUUGCCUUUUGUGGAAAAACCCUUCACCACUGAUGAUAAUAUACUGGAACAAUGUGAACUGUUUAAAAAUCUUAUAUCUGAAGAUGGAACACAAAAAGAUGAAUUCGCAGAUGCUGAGCUAGAAAGUGAAAUUACAAACAGAUCUAAUGGGAUAGCUAAUGUUGAAUUUUAUAUAUGA